UGUACAGAACUUUAGUUCUGCUAUUUAAGGUCAUCAUGUUGAGUAGUAAAGUCAAAGAUGUACUGGACGCCGUAUGUACAUUUGAAAAAAUUGUGUAACAUGAGAUCAAAAUAAAAAGAACAUAUACUUAGUAAAAUAUUAACAAGAAAGUUGUACUAAAUGUUCCAUAUACUUGUGAGAAUAUCUACCGAUGUUUUGAUUCACCUUACGGAGUUUAUGCGAACUAAAAAGUACAGUUACCACUGAAUGACGUGUUGCACAUAUUUUUUGAUUGUAAAUUGUAAAUAUAUUAAAACUAGGUUAAUUAGGUAACACAAUAAACGUGUAGCCAUGUCGGACGAAUUGAAAUUAGAUCACCGUGCGAAAAAAAGGAUCAAAGAGGUUAAAAGGAAAGCUAGACCAGAACUUGGUGAUAAGGCUGCUUGGAUCCAACAUGGCUAUAGUAAAAAAUUCGAAUCAUUUUGGAAUUUCAUUGAUAAUGUGGAUCGUAUUGAUGAAUCUAAAGUAUCUACAGAAGAAUUUAUAGAAAAAUAUGAGAAACCUUACAAACCUGUGAUAAUACAAGGUGUUCAAAAUGGUUGGAAAGCCCAGUAUAAAUGGACUAUAGAGAGAUUAGUAAAAAAAUACAGAAAUCAAAAGUUUAAAUGUGGUGAAGACAAUGAAGGAUAUAGUGUAAAAAUGAAAAUGAAAUAUUAUGUACGCUAUAUGCUUAAUAAUGAAGAUGAUUCACCUUUGUAUAUCUUUGAUAGUUCCUUUGGUGAACACCCUAGACGAAAAAAAUUACUAGAGGAUUAUGUUAUUCCUAAAUAUUUCCGUGAUGAUUUGUUUCAAUAUGCUGGAGAACAUAGAAGACCACCAUAUCGUUGGUUUGUUAUGGGACCUGCUAGGUCUGGUACAGGCAUACACAUAGAUCCAUUAGGAACAAGUGCCUGGAAUGCACUGAUUUCUGGACAUAAAAGGUGGUGUUUAUUUCCUACACAUACUCCGCGAGAACUUCUUAAGGUAUCUGCGACUGAGGGUGGUAAACAAAGAGAUGAAGCUAUUACAUGGUUUUCUGUUAUUUAUCCACGUACAAAAUUGCCUACCUGGCCACAAGAUUGUUUGCCAAUAGAGAUUUUACAAAAUCCUGGUGAAACUGUUUUUGUUCCUGGCGGUUGGUGGCAUGUUGUUUUAAAUCUUGAUGAAACUAUAGCAGUUACUCAAAAUUUCUGUUCCCGUACGAACUUUCCAGUAGUGUGGCAUAAAACAGUACGGGGGAGACCAAAAUUAUCACGUAAAUGGUUAAAAGUACUCAGGGAUAAAGAACCAGAAUUAGCAGCAUUAGCUGAAACUAUAGAUGUAAAAGAAGAUACAGGUGUUGCCAGUGAUUCUUCUAGUGGUUCUUCAAGUAGUUCUUCAAGUACUAGUAGUAGUAGUCAAUCAGAAGACAGUGCAGAUGACAGUGGUCAAGAAUCAUUGACAACACAUAAAAAGAAAAAAAGAAGAAAACUAAAUAACAGCCAACCCUGACAAUAUCAAGCAUAUGGGACCUACAGAGACCUCAGACUGUACAGUAUUAACCAACAAUUGUUUGUACUAAGAAUAAAUAUUAUAAUUAUUACGACCUUUAUGUUCAUAAUAAAAUAAAUGCUAGAUAAUACCAAA